UGCGCCAAGGAGCCAAGGCGAGCGGGCAGUGAGGCGCUGGCGGCGGAGGGAAGCGCGCGCGUGCCCUGCUAGUCGAGGGAGGACGGCGGAGAAGGAGGAGGAGAAGCAGCAGCGCGCGCUCCCGGGGCCCCCCUCGCCUUGUUGUACUCGGCACAACGCUGGCUCCGCUACGAGCAAAGCAGCGGAGGGGGAGAAGCAGGCGGCAGCCCGAGCCGAGCCAGCCGGCGCCAUGGAGGAGCUGAGCAGCGUGGGAGAGCAGGUCUUCGCCGCCGAGUGCAUCCUCAGCAAGCGGCUCCGCAAGGGCAAGCUGGAGUAUUUGGUGAAGUGGAGAGGCUGGUCUUCCAAGCAUAACAGCUGGGAACCCGAAGAGAAUAUUCUUGAUCCUAGGCUGCUCCUGGCCUUUCAGAAGAAGGAGCAUGAGAAGGAGGUGCAAAAUCGGAAGAGGGGCAAACGACCUAGAGGCAGACCCAGGAAGAACGUUGAACCGGAGGUGCCUGCAAAAAGCAAAUCCAGCAGCUCUUCUUCCUCAAGCUCCUCCUCAUCUUCCUCCUCCGAUGAAGAGGAUGAAAGUGACCUUGAGACGAAAAGAGGUCAGCGGAGCAGAGAGAGCCACCCAGUGCCUCAAAAGAAAGCUCAGAUCCUGGUUGCCAAACCUGAGAAUAAGGACCCUAUUAGGAAGAAGCGUGGGCGGAAGCCUCUGCCUCCGGAGCAGAAGGCAGCGAAGAGGACUGUCAACCUGACAAAGGUGCUGAAAACAAACCAAAAGGAGAUGGGAGGCGGUGGAGGAGCCCCCAAACUAAUGAGCAAGAUGCAGCCGCAGCACAACGCUCAGAGUUCUGGCAUUGCCAUGCUUAAAUCCCACAUGAAGGAAGCCCAAGGUGCAUUUGGUGGGUUCUGUUCCGGGGCUUCCACCACCGACAACCUCUCCAGUAUUGUGAAAAGCACCUCGUCUGGGAGCCCCAACUGCGGCAUCAGCUGGCAGAGCUCCAUCGUACAUUAUAUGAGCAGGAUGUCGCAGAACCAGAACUCAGCAGAUGCCUCUGCUGUGGGGAGGCUGACGCUCAAGUCGGCCAUGUCCUGCAAGAGUGGCCUGGGGCUUGAUUUAAAACUGAAAAACCAGAAAGCCGGCGGGGAUCUGGAGUUGACCGUGCAAGGCUCCAAGGUGACAAAGAGGCCUGGCAGCAGCAGCGCGUUGGGGGAGCAGAAAACAGGGUACGGUGCUGGCGCCCAGAACUUGCACAAUGGCAGCAAGCCCCCCGCCGGCUCUGGCAACAACCACCCAGCUUCCAACCAAGAGCUCAACCUCCAAGCUUUAAAUCUGCAGAGUGUGAAAAAUGGGAUGAAUUCCACAGGCAACCUUUCCCGCCAUGCUUGUGGGACUGUGGCAAAGGGCACCGGUGGCAGCCUGGCUGUGAGCACAGGUGUGAGCAAGGGCAGUGCCGGGCCUGGCAGCGGCUCAAACGCCACAAACGCAGGGGCAGCGGUGGCAGGCGCAGACCCUCGCAAAAGCGAGAAGCCGGCACAACGAGCAGCUGUGGGCGAGAGAGAUGCAGCCGCGAAAAGCGGCAAGCCCCCGUGUGCCCAGGAGGGGUGCCCCGCAGCAGAGAACCACAAGGCUUCGGCCCUCUCUGAGAUGAGCACCGGAGAAGAGGAGACAAGCUCGGAUUCAGACAGAGAUUCUUCUUCUUGCCCCGGAGCAGGCCAGAACAUGUCUGUCUCCGUCCAGACUAGCCAGGACUGGAAGCCCACUCGCAGCCUCAUCGAGCACGUCUUUGUCACAGACGUGACAGCUAACCUGAUCACAGUGACUGUCAAGGAAUCACCAACCAGUGUUGGCUUUUUUAAUCUUAGACAUUACUGAGCUCGGAGGCAUGCAGGGGGAAGAUAGGUUUCCCUCCCGCUCAUCCUGUCUCAUUGACUCUACCUGACUGUUGCCUUGGAUGCCAGAAGGGGAAACAAAACCCAGCUGCUCCCACCCUUUAUAAGCUAUAUGCUAUGACGCAGUCACUCUGCAUUGGGAGGCUCUGUGGGCCUGUAGUUUUAUCUAUGGAAACUCCCUGAAGCAUGCAGUGGGUUCUUCUUGGGAGCCAAGUUGUUAAUUCAGCUGCCAAAUUAUAUGUGAUGCAGUGGGGGACUCUCUUUCUCAAGAGGAAUGGCUUUACUUGUUGAAACCAGCCAUUAUAGAGGAGGUCAGGCAAAGGCUGGUAGCCCAGGUUUUGCUGUGCUUGGGGACUUCUUAGCUUUAUGAGUUAGAAAUGGCAGAGAGUAAUGGAGAUCUAGCCGCCUGGUAAGUUGGGGGGAGAGCAAGCCCUCCAGUACAAUAACAUUUGUGUUCUCCAAGGAAAACAAAUUCCUCAUUCCUUCCACCAAACUAUCCACAUUCAAAGCUUGUCAUUUCCUAGGACAGUGAAACCCAAUCUAAACUCGAAUGCGUAUUUAGGAGGCUGCAAGAGAGCAUAUGAAACGAGAAUGAUGUUUACAUUUCCUUAAGUCGAUGCCUUGGAUUUGGAAGCUAAAGAGAUGGUGUAGAAGUGGGCAUUGCCCUCAGAGCUUUUGGGUCUGGGUCUGACGGUGCUGCUUGCUGCAAGGCCAAACUGGCAGUGGGCUGCUUCAAAAGGCUCGGGUUGAACAUUGGCCCUUGGAAGCACCAGAUCUAUCUAGGAACCCUUGUGCUGUAGUGUACAGGAAAUCAUUCCAAUAAAACAGUCUCUGAGGUCAGCUCACGACACGACACCCUUUUUCACUUGCAUGAAGCUGCUCAGAGUGGGGAAUCCAGCCUCCUUUUCCUUAUUAGCACCAGGGGUGUGUUUGAGGGAUACUUUGCCCACCGCAAAAAAAUUACAUGGGAAGCACAUGUAUGAUGAAGCCGUGGCCAGUUGUGGCUUCCAAACAUGCAGCAAAAAUCCAUACAUGCACUGGUGAUAAAUGGUUAUACAGGUUGAGUCUUUUAAAAGAACAUGUGUCCUCUAUAUCCACGGGGCCUCUUUUAAAGGACUCACCCUGUAUAUAUGUAGGUGUGUAUGCAUAUUUAUAUAUUUUCCUCACAGAGAAGAAAUAGAAGCGGAGUUCAUUCAGUAGUACUCCAUGUAGACAUUUUGUAGUCCUGAGGUUUUGAUGAGCGAGAAUGUUGCCGAUAUCUGCCAGUCAAAUUUAACUGAGGGCAUUUGGUAUUUGGGCAACAGAUCCUUAGGGUUUCUAUUGGACCGAUCUCUUCCUCUGCAUUCUUGCUAGCAAGCUUGAUACAAAACAUCCCAUGCAUAUAACACUUGGAUGGGGAACUCCGCUUUCUUCUCCCUUACUGAUGUUUUGGGCUGCAUGUAGAUCUGGCAUCCCUGCAUCAUAUAUUACUAGCCUUCACACACAUGAUGCAGAGUCAAAGUUCUCCUUGUGAUUUGUAGUUACAGGAAGGGUUCGUUGUGACAUCACCCUUUCCUGCUUACCAGUGACUGAAACCAGAGAGGUCAACAUUUGUGUUGAGCCUGAACUUGCCUGAAGUCAAGAUGUGACUCAGUUUGAGUCUGUUUUGCUUCUCCCAAAAUAGAUGUUUCCUAUGGGUCAAACCUGUAAUCCAGGUUUGCGCUAGCACCGAGCAGCCUGUUUAUUUCCGUCAGAAUUUGACUUGUGUCCCUUCUAGCUUGUCAGGACUUCAGCAUAUCCCAAGACCAUAGCAUGCUCAGAGGGGGGAAUGGGUAGGAGCAGAGAAUGUCUAGAUCAGGGGUGGCUAGCCAGUGAGUUUUCUGUACCAAAGGUUUUCUGUACACCCAAAAAAAAAAAA